AUGCUGACUCGCCUUUUCCGUAUGCACGGCCUCCUGGUGGCCUCCCACCCCUGGGAGGUGAUCGUUGGCACCGUCACCCUCACUGUCUGCAUGAUGUCCAUGAACAUGUUCACAGGUAAUAACCAGGUCUGUGGAUGGAACUUUGAUUGCCCCAAAAGUGAAGAGCAAAUACUGAGCAGUGACAUCAUCAUCCUGACCAUUACACGCUGCAUUGCCAUCGUCUACAUUUACUUCCAGUUCCAGAACCUGAGACAGCUGGGAUCCAAAUACAUUUUAGGCAUUGCUGGUCUUUUCACAAUUUUCUCCAGCUUUGUCUUCAGCACAGUUGUCAUUCACUUCCUGGACAAAGAGCUCACAGGACUCAAUGAGGCUUUGCCUUUUUUCUUGCUCCUCAUCGACCUAUCCAAGGCAUGUGCUCUUGCCAAGUUUGCCCUGAGCUCCAGUAGUCAGGACGAAGUGAGAGACAACAUUGCUCGUGGCAUGGCAGUCCUGGGACCAACUUUCACUCUGGACGCUCUGGUGGAAUGUUUAGUGAUUGGAGUGGGAACCAUGUCAGGUGUGCGUCAGUUGGAAAUCAUGUGCUGCUUUGGCUGCAUGUCAGUUUUGGCCAAUUAUUUUGUGUUUAUGACGUUCUUCCCGGCCUGUGUCUCACUGGUGUUGGAGCUGUCCCGUGAGAGUCAGGAGGGUCACCCUAUCUGGCAGUUAAGUCACUUCUCUGGAGUGAUUGAGGAGGACAACAAACCCAACCCUGUAACCCAGCGAGUCAAAAUGAUCAUGUCUUUAGGAUUGGUGAUGGUCCACGCUCACAGCCGAUGGAUCGCCGAGCCCUUGUCUGCCAACUCUACAGUGGGGUUCUCUCAAGUUGGCAUUGAGCUGAACGAAUUCUCCCCCAGAAGAAUUGAGCCAGAGAAACCACUGUGGCAGUUCUACCUCACUAGGAUGAUAACAAUGGACAUAGAGCAGGUGAUCUGUCUGGCUUUGGCUCUACUGCUGGCUGUCAAGUACAUCUUCUUUGAGCAGGAGGUAGAGUCCACGCUUUCUCUGAAGAACCCCAUCACUAUGUCUGCCCCAUCCCUGACCCAGCGACAGCCCACUGAAAGCUGCCACAGGCAAGUGCCACCUGCACCCAGGUGCCUGGAAAAGCCCCCCAGCAUUGCUGCCUUGACACUGGUCAAGAAAGAGAAAGAUGAGGUCAUCAGGCCACUGUCAUCUUCAGCCACUGAUUCUCAGGCAAUGAGCAUGUUUGUGGUGGGGAAUGAAGAGGAAGAGCUCAAGGCUGAAUCUCUGCAGCUCAGCCUCCCCCCACAGCCCAGGAGCCUGGACCAGUGUGUGGCCAUCCUCAACAAUCCUGAACUUGGACCUCGUUCCCUGACCGACACUGAGGUGAUGCUGCUGGUGAACUCCAAACAUAUCCCUAAAUACAAACUGGAGACCAUGAUGGAGAGACCAGAGCGAGGAGUGGCCAUCCGCAGACAGAUGCUGUCUUCAAAGCUUCCUUCCCCUUCUGCACUCUCCACCCUGCCGUACACGGACUAUGACUAUUCCAAGGUUAUGGGUACUUGCUGUGAAAAUGUGAUUGGCUACAUGCCCGUACCAGUGGGCGUGGCUGGACCUCUGCAUUUGGACGGGAAGCAGUUCCAGGUUCCCAUGGCAACAACAGAGGGCUGCUUAGUAGCCAGCACCAACCGUGGUUGUCGCGCGAUUGCUCUUGGAGGUGGAGCCAGCAGUCGUAUCCUGGCUGACAGCAUGACACGAGGACCUGUCGUGAGGAUGCCCUCGGCCUGUCAGGCUGCUGAGGUGAAGGAGUGGUUGGAGAGCAUGGAUGGUUUCCAGUCUGUCAAGGAAGCCUUUGACAACACAAGCAGGUUUGCUCGACUCCAGAAGCUCCUGGUCGGCAUGGCUGGUAGAAACCUCUACAUCAGAUUUCACUCCAAGACUGGAGAUGCUAUGGGGAUGAACAUGAUCUCUAAGGGCACAGAGCAGGCUCUGAGCCGACUGCAGCAGUACUUCCCAGAGCUGCAGGUGGUGGCCGUGAGUGGAAACUACUGCACCGACAAGAAACCUGCUGCCAUCAACUGGAUCGAAGGCCGGGGCAAGUCUGCUGUCUGUGAAGCCACCAUUCCUGCCAAAGUAGUCAGAGAGGUUUUGAAAACAACAACAGAGGCUCUGGUGGACGUGAACAUUAAUAAGAACCUCAUUGGAUCAGCCAUGGCAGGGAGCAUCGGUGGAUUUAAUGCUCAUGCUGCCAACCUUGUAGCUGCUAUCUACAUCGCCUGUGGACAGGACCCGGCCCAGACUGUAGGCAGCAGUAACUGCAUUACUAUAAUGGAGGCCACAGGGCCCACACAGGAGGACCUGUACAUCAGCUGCACCAUGCCUUCCAUAGAGCUUGGUACUGUGGGUGGAGGAACCAACCUACCCCCACAACAAGCGUGCCUGCAGAUGCUGGGUGUACUGGGAGCAAGUCAGGAGUGCCCAGGGGAGAACGCUCGUCAACUCGCCAGGGUGGUUUGUGCCACAGUAUUGGCUGGAGAGCUCUCACUUAUGGCAGCUCUGGCUGCUGGACAUUUGGUCAAGAGUCACAUGACACACAACAGGUCUAAGGUAAAUCUACAGGAGAUUGCAGGAACAUGCAACAGAAAAGCUUCUUGAGAUUCUGAAUGCAGCUCUUCAUUGUUGUGCCCAACGAACAAUGGUCUGAACUGUCAGACCAGUAAAACAUGCACAUUUUUGAAAGUGACCAACUUACACUGCUGUAAAACAGACGUCAAACGUCCUCAGAAUAGUAAACCAGGGGCAUUGUGUGAUCAUUCUCUUUGCUCCAGUGGAACCUAAUCCAACUGGUCUGAUUCAUUUUCUGUAUCUGGUUUUAUAUUGUGUACCAAACAAUGAGGGAUAGAGGUUAAAUAAGGACUGCUUACCUUUUUUGCACUUUCACCAGUGGAAUUAAAUUAAAGGCUCACACAGAGGAGAUUCUGCAUCACAUCAUUUCAGAUUGUGAAAAAGUGGCAGAACAAUAUAGUCUAUCAAGACUACUUUGAAGGUCCAAAAUGCAGUACUGCACCACCACAAGCUGGUGCUGUUAGAGCAAGUAUGACUAUAAUAAAUGCGUCAAGUAGUAGUCCAACAGAGAAAUAGAAAAUCAGUAUAGCCCUGAAUAAGGAACAGUGUUUAUGGUACAGAUCCCAGCCUCCAUUUAUAACACUAUCUUCAGUGUGUCUUCUGAUACUGUUACAGUAGGUCAUUGUGAUUUUCACAUCAUAAUCUGCACAUCCAGAACACAUAAAAAAUAACAUGAUAUUGGACUUUUUUAAAUCUGUGAAAUAAAGGAAAGGGUCUGGAUAUUCCUGCCGUACUCAAACAAAACACCAGGACUGGUGGCUGACAAAACAGAAGAAGGAAGAAACAAAAGGCAGAGUAAAACAUGACUCUUUAAGCAUUCUCUUUUGUAUUCUUUGUCUGAAAAUUGCAUAUUGGAUCUUAACAUUUUGGUUCAGCCACAAAGAAAUAUGUGCCCAUGUCGAAAAGGCACAAAGCAUCAAAGUAUAAGGGCAGUGCUCUAUAGAAAGCCAUGUUUUGAAAAAAAAAAAAAAAACUGGUCAUGUGCCUAAAAUGGAGAUCUUAGGAAAUCUUAGAUCUCCAGCUGAUUUAUAUCUUGGACUUUGAUCUGUGGACAACAACAGGUUGAUCUUGUCAUGAAACAUGAAGUUAAAUUAUGUUUUGUGAUCUAUAAAUACUGGUUGACCUAUAAAUAGGGAGGGGCUGUAAUUUACUAUAAGUAAAUGAAUCUACUAAACUAAUUCUAAUAAUGGACACCCAGAAGAAGAGGUCAAUAUAAUGACUCAAGUCUAUUCCAGACUGCUGUGAUACCACUCUUUGUUGAGGCUGUAACUUUUCUGUUAUCAUACUCAUCCAAUCAAAACUGUACAAACCAUUCACAAAAUGUGAUUUACUGCAAUGUGUGCUGUUUGAAUCCACAGCCUGGUAAUGGUAGGAUAUUUUUGAUACCUAUUUUUAAUAAAUGCAAAGAGACAUGACAGG